AUGUACUUCAUUGAGGUGCUGUACAUGGGGAUUGUAGUAGCGUAUGUCAAGUUAGUUGUUCAAGAGAAAACCAGAGAAACUUUACAAUGGGAAGUAAUGGAGGAUGAUGAUGUUGAAUGUGGCAGUGAAAGCUGUGAAAAUAUCAAAAUACCUAUAUACAAUGAAAAAGAGAACUACACGCAGUUCGGAAAAACUAAGGCUCCAGUGUCUACAAGUUAUUCAAGAAUUGCAAGAGGAGAUCAAUUUGUUACAGAUUUCAAACGAGUACGGCUCAAUAUUUCUUUCCCCAUUCUCUUCUUUCUUGAACUUAAGGAAACAAUUAUUUAUUAUUCCAGGAAACUGAAUGGUGAAGGUCUCGACGAUAUGAGCUCCACCGAGCUGGCUUCACUUGAAAGUAUGUUGAAGGAGGGCUUCCGCAUUGUGGAGGAACAAACAGAUGAGGCACACGAGGAAUUAACAGUCAAGCAGAUUGUUGAGUACGAUCUUUUGGGGUAUGAAUGGCUUAAGCAAAAAGAGAAAGAUGAUUUGGCUUACCAGUCUCUUCUAGCAGGGAGAAGAACUACUUUGAGGAACAAGGCUAGAGAAUUCCGCCUCAGCCCUCCAGAAAGCCAACCUUAUCGUAGCAAUGACCCUGAAAGACUGAAGUUAGACAUCGACUCUCUAAAGAUCGAGAAAGAGAGACUACUUCUUUUAAACCAGAGAAUGGUUGGUAAAGAGCUUGACGGUAUGGGUUACUUGGAACUGUAUGUGCUUGGCUUUGAGAUAUCGCGUGCUAUGAUCAAUGCCGAAGCGAUGAGAAAGAUCAAACGUGCUGAAGAGAUGGAGAAGACUCAAACGUCCAAAGCCGACGAUCAAUAAGGAACCAAUCUCCCUGGGACAGAUAUGAUCGUGGUAGGGUUCUUCGCUCGUGUCAAGAUUGAUAUCGUUUUGUUUGAUAAGUGAGUCUUGUGACG